UGCCUCCUGCUUUGCACAACAUGUCUAAAGAGGGGAAGCAACAGUUCUUGAAAGUCCUUCGUGACAUAAAAGUUCCAGAUGGUUAUUCUAGUAACAUCUCCAGAUGUGUAAAUGUUGAUCAAUCAAAAAUUUCAGGCCUAAAAAGCCAUGACUGCCACAUACUAAUGCAACAACUUAUGCCACUUGCUUUGAGAGGUCUUCUUCCAGAUGAAGUUACAUCUGUCUUAUUUGAUCUGUGUGGAUAUUUUAGAGAACUGAAUGCAAAAGUUCUCCACAUCAAUGAACUUGAAAAGUUAGAAGAACGAAUCAUAAUGACGUUAUGUCGGAUGGAGAUGAUAUUCCCGCCUGGGUUUUUCACUAUCAAUGUGCAUCUUGUUCUUCACUUGGCAACAGAGGCAAGAAUAGGUGGUCCUGUAUGUUAUCGGUCAAUGUAUUUUGUGGAAAGGUACCUUGGUGUUUUGAAGUCAACUGUGAGAAAUAAAGCUCGUCCAGAGGGCAGCAUUGCAGAAUCAGUUCUGGCAAAAGAGUCUAUGCACUUUUGUUCAACAUUUCUUGAUGGUUUUCAGACCCUGUCUAAUAGGCUUUCACGAAAUGACGAGAAUGAUGAGUCACUUGGAUGCUCUGCUAGACAUGCAUCAACUCUUUUUCCUCAUCCUGGGAAACCACUUGGAAAGCCAAGUAGUUAUGUUCUGAGAGCUUUGGCUAAACUACAAGCACAUAGAUAUGUGCUCUUCAAUUGUUCUUAUGUUGAUCCAUACCUUAGAGCUCAUGCUGAAGAGAUCAUCAAAAAAGGUACUAGACAUAGAGCCAGACAUAGAGAUGUUGAGAAAAUCCAAAAUGAGAAGUUCCAUCUUUGGUUUAGAAGUUAUAUAAUGCAGUUAGAGAGUGAGAAUGGCAUUCAUGGUGUUAAAGAUGACAUUAGAUGGCUAGCUCGUGGCCCGGUUGAAGCUGCAAAAAGGUACCGUGCUUUCAACAGUCGAGGUUUCCGUUUUAGGCCUAAACGGUUGGAUCGGGUUACACAAAAUAGUGGUGUUGUGCUAACUGCAAAAACAUCAAGUUAUGCUAGUGCAAGUGAUGGCAAGCCAGUUUUAGGUGAUGUGACUUACUAUGGGAGGAUAAUUGAUAUUAUUGAGCUAAACUACUCUGGAAAAUUUUCUGUGGUACUUUUCAAAUGUGAAUGGGUUGAUGUUAUUUCCAAAAGAGGAAUAAUGAAGGACAAGUAUGGAUACACACUUGUGAAUUUCUCACACCUGAUACAUACAGGAGAAAAUAUUGUUCAUGAACCGUAUAUUUUUCCUAACCAAGCUGACCAGGUGUUUUAUGCUGAAGAUGAAGAACACCCUGGGUGGUAUGUAGUCAAUAAGAUGAAACCAAGAGAUAUAUAUGACACAGGUUGUGAUGAAUAG